AGUCGGGACGCGGAGAGAAGAGGCCGCAUCGAGAUCGCGUAGGGGAGGGGGCGGGAGGGGGGUGGGGGAUCCCGAGGCACCGGCGGCGGUGAAUCUGCGAGGGCCUGGAGCGGCGUCAGGCGGUCUCCACGCCACAACUUGCCCACAACAGACAAGCCUCGUCCUGCGCCCUGGAAGAAGGAGCCGGCCUGCCGCUUCCCGCUCGGCUGCUCCUCGGCCUCCACGGGCUCCUCCGCGCCAGCAGCGCCCCUGGGAUCUGCGUCCCCAGCCUCGCCCCCGUCCGCUUGCAGCGCCCGGCGCCCGCCCAGGAGCGCGCAGCUGGGGUGCUGGGAAUAUAACGGUGAGCAAGAGAGACCACGGCCCUUGUUCCCGCUGAUCCUGCAGCCCAGUGGAUGGAGUCCACAGUACAUAGACCUGCCAGGAAAGACAAACAUUUUCCUGAUGGUUGGUCCAAGAAGGGGCUUCUCGGUGGACUGAGGAAUGUCUGGCUUUUCCUCAGUUCAUCCAUCUCUGUGAUAGCCACAGGCAGCUCCCAGAAGACCUCGAGAAUGAGAGGCCUGAGGUCCCCAAGUUGCUGCUAGAAACAUUUUAGCCUCUCCUGAAAACAGAAUGCAGCUGCCACAUAAGUUUGUAAGGGCCCUGGACGCACGCUGACCACGCGCUGGCCAGCUCGCCUUUUGCUCCGGGUCUAGGCCAGGGCGCUGCCAUAGCAACGGCCUAGACGCCCGGACCUUAGGCCGCCGCCGCCGGGACCGCCUUCUGCUGCUCCCGAGGGGUGGGGCGGCGGCGGCGGCGGCGGCCCGGGAGGCGGCCGGGUAGACGGGACCGCCCCCUCCUCGGAUGCCAGCAGAGGCGGCGGAUAAGCUUUCCAAGCAUGCCCUUUCAGAAGCACGUCUACUACCCGCUCGCCAGCGGACUGGAGGGACCCGACGCCGCCGCGGGGGGCGCCGCGGCCAUGGCCUGUCCCCCUCCCAGCGUGGCGUCGGGCCCCCUGCCCUUCUUCCAGUUCCGACCGCGCCUGGAGAGCGUGGACUGGCGGCGGCUGAGCGCCAUCGACGUGGACAAGGUGGCGGGCGCCGUGGACGUGCUCACGCUGCAGGAGAACAUCAUGAACAUCACCUUCUGCAAGCUGGAGGAUGAGAAGUGUCCGCACUGCCAGUCGGGGGUGGACCCGGUGCUGCUGAAGCUCAUCCGCCUGGCGCAGCUCACCAUUGAGUACCUGCUGCACUCGCAGGAGUUCCUCACCUCGCAGCUGCACCACCUGGAGGAGCGCCUGCGCCUGAGCCUGGCCGACGGCGAGCAGAGCAAGAGGCUCCUCAGCAAGCAGGCCGGGGAGAUCAAGUUCCUCAAGGAAGAGUGUAAACGCAGGAAAAAGAUGAUCUCCACCCAGCAGCUGAUGAUUGAGGCCAAGGCCAGCUAUUACCAGUGCCAUUUUUGUGACAAGGCCUUUAUGAACCAAGCUUUCCUACAGAGUCACAUUCAGCGCCGCCACCCUGAGGAUUCUCAUCUUGAGUAUAAGAAAAGGGCGCAGACUGACAAGCUUCAGAAUGAGAUGGACAUGUUGAAGGAGCAGCUGCAGCUUACCAAGUCUCAGCUGGAGGCUGCACAGCACGCCCACGCAGUCCAAAUCUCCAAGGAAUAUGAAAUGCAAAAAACAAAAGAGGAAGAAUUUCUGAAGUUGUUUGAUAGAUGGAAGGAAGAAGAAAAGGAGAAACUAGUUGGUGAAAUGGAAAAAGUCAAGGAAAUGUUUAUGAAAGAGUUUAAAGAAUUGACUUCUAAGAAUUCAGCGUUAGAAUAUCAAUUGGCAGAAAUCCAGAAAUCUAAUAUGCAGAUCAAGUCUAACAUCGGCACAUUGAGAGAUGCCCGAGAGUUUAAAGAAGAACGUCCUCAGUAUUCCCAGGAUUUCCAGAAUGUGAUACAACUUGUGAAUAGCCAGGAAAGCAAGUGGACAGCUCAAGUUCGGGCUCUUCAUCAAGAACAAAAGAAAGGGAGGAGCCAGAUCCUGUCUCAUAUAGAGAAAUUUCGAACCUCAAUGACAAACGAUCUAAAUGCAAGCAAUGUUUUCUACAAGAAAAGGAUAGACGAGUUGGCAAGACUGCAGGAGCAGAAUGAACUGAUCAUCACUCAGCGACAACAGAUUAAAGAGUUUACCAGUAAAUCAUUGAACAGUGCUGGUGAACCCAAAGGUAAUCCAUUAACCUGGCAAACUUCUGAAUCUAAGCCAACUGCCCAACUAUACCUGGUAAUGAAUGCCUCGGCCCCACAGACUUUGGAUGCGAAGUCAAGUCUAACAAUGGCACAUGAACAGGCAUUCUCAUCGCACAUACUGGAACCAAUAGAAGAACUUUCAGAGGAAGAAAAAGGAAGGGAAAAUGAACAGAAAUUAAAUAACAAGAUACAUUUAAGGAAAGCUUUGAAGAAUAACCCUUCCCUCACUAAGCAAAUAAGAACAGUCUUGGAGCAGAGUUUGGUGGAAAGACUGGAAACCCUGGGGAUUAAUGCAGAUACACGUGGUAUUCCAAGUGAUCGCUUGAACAGAGUGCUAAGAACCGUGCAAUCCACCAGACAUGAGCGAGAAAGAAAAAUACCCAACAUUCAGCAAAUUCGAGAACACCUCGAACAUCAGGUCAGCUGUAAGAUUGAGGAGAGGACACUGCUGUCAACAGACAGGUGCAAUGCUUCCCAAGUGGAUAUCCUUUCAGCUGGAGAAGUACCCAGAGCAGCCCACCGUCCUCCCAGAAGCAGGCAGUUGAUUAGACAAAGGCCUGUUUUUUCUGAUAGGACAUCUGUUCCAAAAGUUAAGAAAAAUAGAGAAGAUCACUUUCCCAGAAAGUCUUCAACGGCUGCGACGCCUCCCUUUAGUUCGGAGGAAGACCUGGACGAUGACGACCUCAUCCGGGCACACGCCUCCCCAGACUUACUUCAGGUGCUGUCCUCUAAAAGCAACAGGAGCAGCUUAGGAAGGAGUACCACCAAAAGUGACAGAUGGACCGAGGGAAGUGAAAUCGAGGAUUCUGAUAUUUCUCCCAAGCCCACAGAAACCUCCAUUAAAAUAUUAACCGGAAAAGUUGAAAAGACGGUUUCAAAUCAUAGAAAUGUGAACAAGCCAGUCGGUGGGAUUCAUGUUGCUGAGGCAUUCAUCAAGAAAGAACUAAACGAAGAUGUAAAGUGUGUAGAUGUGGAAGACGAUGACUGGGACAUAUCAUCCUUAGAGGAAGAAAAAUCUUUGGGGAUGAAAAUUGGGAGAGAACAGAAGGAUCCUCUGCCUAUGAAGAAUGAGUCAAAUUAUGCUCAAGUGCCAAGUGCCUGGGGUGCAACUAACCUGAAAGGGCCAAAAGGAGGACUUCAGGAUGAAUCCAGCACCGUGAAAAGCAGCUUAGUAACUGUGACUGAUUGGAGUGACUCUUCAGACGUAUAACUGUCCCCCUGGGCCUCAGAAGGUCCUGCUAGAUGCCAGCAGUAUUCCAGUCUCGCACUGUUUCCGUUCCCGGCCUGUGCAACGCAAAUGCUCCUGCCCGGCAGUAUUUCCCACAAUAACAAGGAAGCUGGCUCGCGAAGAACAAGAGUCUCUUUAAUGGCACCUAAUACAAUUUUGAAAAACAAAUUGUCAACAGUAUUUUGAAGCAUAUAAAGGUGUUUGAGACUGCUGCUGCUUAAAAAUAACGUGUCGCUGAAGUCAUAAAAAUUUUUUUCUUCAGAACGGUACUCUAGUGUUUAAGUGUAUUUUUUUCAACUAAUUUUUAAGUGAAUUUUUUUUUUUAAACUUAUAGCUGGUUUUGGUUUGAAUUAAAACUUUUUUUUUUUCAGUGUUUCUUGAGGACAUUGUCACAUUGGAAGCAUUUUAUAAAAUUCUGUUAGUAUCCUUAAAAUUAUAUUAGUAGCAUCUGUGAAAUCUUAAAGAGUUGAUUGCUUAAUUUUCAUAUAGAAGUAAGUUUAGAGUUAUAAAUAUAUAGCUAGGCCCAUGUUAACAUGGUACAUUUUCCAGAAGUACCUUUUCCAUAUGCAGUUUUGAGCCAUUCUAUGCAUGUUGUUUCUUGUUAAAUAGUUACUUUAGAACUUUAAAUACUAUUUCUGCAGCAUAAUCUUUACCUUGGAUAUUUUAUGAAUAAUAUGUAGCUAUUUUAAAUGUCAAUUUAUGAGACUAUGACUAGAACACAUUGAGUCAAUACUGAAUUCAUAUGUUGUCUGUAGUUUUUUUUUUUUUCCAAUUUUUUAAACAUGCUCAACGGUAUUAUAAAAUACCUCAAAACCAAUUUAGUUCUAUUCUUAACAGUGACAUUGUCAACAGUCAAAAAGUUCAUAUAAACUGGUUUUUUUGCAUUUUUUAAUAUUUUGUGGUACUAUUAUACUCUGUUAAAAAAGAGGGAAAAAAAGUAACAUUUAAACUAAAUGGUUUGUUGGGUUUUGGAUCUUUCUUCAUUUUGUCAACCUUUCAAGUAAAGCCCUCCAUGACAUC